AAACAAAAACUAUUUUGACGAGUAUUUCAACAAGUAUUUACAAAAUAUUAUUUACGUAAACAGCGUUAAAAAAACUUUAACAUUCAAUCGUAUAGAGCGCGCUAGCCUCGACUGCGAUCUACCCCUGGGGCAGCUCGCAAUUGUAGGUAAUUAUUUUACGCAGGUAGCAAGAGUGACAGAGGCCUGGUCAGCACUGCUGACAAAUGUGUAACAAUUGAUAUUGUAUACAUAUUACAAAGAAAUUAUUUAUGCUGCUUAGUAUUUUUUAGCAUUCUUAUGCCAUAAUAAAAUUAAGUAUUUUGGAGUAUUAUAUUUAUUUAUUUCAAUACUUACACGUUCAACAAUUACCCAUUAAGUUUGUCCAUCCGGCAAGCAGUUGUGGCCGUCACCGUCUCCCUAUGUAUCCUUCCGGAACCAGAGUAAGUUCUGUCCUAACCCUAAAUUCGUUAUAUCAGACCAUCUAUACAAGCUUUGUAUUAUUAUUAUCUAUACAAAUUUCUGUAUGUAAUAUCAAAAUAACUGCGUUUUACUAAAUGCAUAUGAAAGUAUACGUUACUUAUAACAAAAAAAAAAACAAUUAUUAAAAUUUUUGUUCGUCUGUCUGUCUCUUUGUUCCCGCUAAUCUCUGAAACGGCUGGACCGAUUUUGACGUGAAUUUCACUGGCAGAUAGCUUAUGAUAUAAGGAGUAAAUUAGGCUACAGUUGUUUUCGACAAGAAUUUGGAUUCCGCGCAAGAAAAUAAAACCCAUUAUUCCAAUCUGAAUAAAUUCCACGCGGACGAAGUCGCGGGGAACAGCUAGUUCCUAAUAAAUAAUGUUGGAUAUAUAAAGCGAUAUAAUUAUUCUUUAAAAAACGUCACCCCCACACUAGGAUUUCUCCUGUGUCGUGGAGGCAGUUUACAAACAUAAAUUGCACAAGGACAAACAUCCAGACCCGGAACAAUUAUUUGUAGGCCAUACAAAUACUUGUUCCGUGCGGGAUUCGAACCCGUAGCCCCCCAGCGCAACAACUGAUAAUGGGUUCACGUCGUAAUAUUUCAUAUACAAAUAUCUCCCAAAUUUACUAUGUACCCUGUCUAACAUUAGCUUAUAUUUUAUUUAUUAUAUUACGUUCGUGUUGGGGCCAAACAAUUACAUUGUGUUUCCAAAUGACUUCUGACCAAGACAUUGUAUAAUACAAUUAAAAUACAAGAAAUUAUUCACUCGGCGAAGCAACCUUUAUUCCAUAACAAAAAAAAACAACAAAAACAGAAAUGGGUUUUGUAGGUAAACUGCAGCACAAACUGAUUCAAAUGUGUGUUUAUGUGACUCGGUAUCGAUACUCGGCGUACUUCGGCACGCGAUGUGGCCUUAGUGGCCUUUGACAUUUCUUAUAUUUAUGCGAACACUACACAUCAAAUGAAACUAAUUUAAACUUCGGGAAUUAAAAAAGUUUUACUCUUUUUCCUUUCUCAUCAUUUGUAUAUUAUUAUCCAUCUUAGUAAAGUCUGCCCAUUUCGACUUUCUUUUAAGUUAACAUUAUCCACCGCCUUCUUCCGUUUUACUGCUUUUGUAAAAGACAGUAAAGGACCCUCAGGGAUUGGUGUUGUUUCAGUGUCAUAAUUUUUUUAGACUUUUUCAAUUUUAAACAUGUUUCCAGUUGCUGAUUUCGUUCUAUCAAAGCAUUCAUUUUAGACCCUAAUUCCAUCUACUUUGUUUGCUUUUUCUUGAACUACCUUCAUAAUCACACAAUUCUUGUAACUUUGUUUCGGUAGUUUGAAACCGAGUUUGAGGAAUCGCUUAAUUUGAAUAUUUAUUCGUGAUUUAAUUUCCAACCGAAAUUCACGGAGUUCUUCUAGCAUUCUUCUCUCAUUAUCAAUCAUUUAAACUUCCAUCGGAUGACUGCCACCCUUGGUAUUUACAUAGCUGCUUGGUGUAAAGGUCUUGUCCAUUAUAAGAUUAGCUCGGAUCGUCGAAAAUGACCUUAAAUCAUACCAUUAGGUAUUGUGACAAAUUUCUCAAUUUUACAGUGAUGUUAUCACUAAUGUGGUCUGAAAUAAGUGCCACGUGCCCGCUUGACUUUGAGUUUUGGGACACGUUGUGUUCGCGCCAUUUUGAAACUACCGCCUAACGCUUAUGAGAUUCGUUAAUUAUUGCCCAAUAAGAGUACUGCAAAGCCCAUUUCCGGGUUUCCUAUCUACUGCCUUUUACGCCUAACAUGUGCAGCCUGAUGUGUUAAUUGGUGUUAUACUGUGUGGUCACAAGCUUGCAAGUCAUGAAAACAACCGCACCGCCUACAUCUCGCGUAAUCGCUCUCGCUCUUGUGUGGUUUAGAUACAAGAAGAAUUAACUAUACAAGAAUACAGCAAAGUGUAUAUACAUUUGCAAUUACGCUAUAUUUCGCGAUAGUCUGUGUUUAUGUGUGAAAAGAACCAACCGUCGUAACCGCAGCCCUCGAUAUUAGAGUUUCUCAUUUUGGAAUAGAAUGCUUGCUUGAGCAUAUCUACAUACUUUUGUAUUCUUCUGACAGUAAUUCUUUAAAAUCUUCUGUAGUUAUAAUCAGGCUAUUUAGGUGAUACAACCUCUUACAUGUUUGCUGUGAGCACUGCGUGUACCUAAGACUUAUCAUGUAUCCAGGAAUCACAGCCGUCACAAUUUUACUUACUUAAAUAACUAUGACCAGAUCCAGUCAUUAUGCAAAAUUAAUGAUAGCGAUAGUCACAUAAGUACGUCCGUUCGCAAUGAGUGCCCGCGUUGUUUUUUUUUUUUUAAUAUUACUUAAUACUGGCAGGCAAUUCAUCGCAGUCAUCAGAAGUGACAGCGCAUCUGCAUUUUGAUUCUUAAUUGAGCAUAAAUGUAAAUGUCUAUGGGCCACUUUCCAUCAAGUAGAAUAUGUGCUCGUUUAUUAUCCUUAUUCUAUAAAAAAGUUAAUAAGAGUUGCGGUAGUUUAAGGGUUAAGCACUCGCUGUAAAUUUGACAGAAGGCGAGUGACCCACGUUCGAUCCCCCUUUUUUAAGAGCUGAGUUACCACGUGCUCCGCGGUGAGAGGAAUCUUAAUGAGGGAUCUUGCGUUUCAGAAAAAUAAAAAUACGUUCAUGACUCCGAUAUAUUUUUUUAGUACUUAAUAGCUAAUAGCUACAGGCUGUUCACUUCAGCAUGAUGUGAUUUCAUCUAAACAAUUUUAACCUGCACUUAAGAUCCUCGUUUAAGAAUCAAAACGCAGAUUCGUUGGCAUUCCAUCUUAGACCUCAGGGGAUGCCUCGUUUCCAGGAAAUGGUUCUCUACACUUUCCAUAGCAUAAGCUGCUAUUUUACGCUGGUAUGCUGUGAGGGUGUGGUCCUAACACCAUAAUAUGGCUGUAACGUGGCUCUACCACGUAUGAAACUUGUACUGAUGCGUAUUUCUUUCUUCGGGCAGAUGAUGAAUCCAACCAGUCCACAUCAGCGGCUGAUGUGUGGAGCUUCUUCGAGCAGGAAACUGGUGGGAGGGCGCGCUGCGUAGUAUGUCGAGCCACUUUACCGCACCGUGCCAAAGAACUCAAAAAACAUUUAAAAGAGAAUCAUCCGAAACUUGUACAGGACUUCGACGAUGAAUCCGAAAACGACGAAGACCAAAAUGAAACCUACACUGAAGUGGUGUACUUAGAAGACGAAACCAGAAAGACGCCAAAACGUGAUGCGCAGUUCAUCAUGAAAAGACGGCCUUCUAUGAAGCAUUCCCCCACUCCUAUUUUAAAGAAGGUGAAGAGACGGAAAAACAGUUCAUCAUCCGACGAUUAUCCGCUCCGAAACAAGAAGGUCGACGAUGAUGAUGAUCAGAUAGAAAAAUUCGGCACUUACAUUACUUGCCUCCUUAAAAAAAUGCCAAAAGACCUCUGCACAAAACUACAAAUGGAUAUUAUAAACUUAAUAAUGACCGCAAAACUAAAACUACCCUCCGAAAUGCCGCUAGAAAACAAGGUGGUUCUAGAAGGUGUGCCGGUCGCGAUACAGACUGUUAACGCUAUGCCUGGCACCGGUUAUAUCGUAACUGUUCCGACGAGUAGCAGUGACGUUAGUAAAGAAACCGUCACAGUCACGAGCUGUGAAGUGAAAAAUGAUCCACUAACGCAGGAUAAUAGGGAUAUGCCGAAAAUCACUGAUACCAGUCCGGUGACGCAGGAUUUAACACUGAAUAACUGUUGAAACAAGGUUUUGGCGGGAACUUGACUCUAUACGUAAAAGUGGUGCAAUGUUGUUUAUUGUCUGCGCAGUUGAACUAUUAGUGGAAACGAUGAAACAAGUGCUCUGAUGGUGAAGUGAACCUCAAGAUAAUGUGUCUGCUCAGGUGCCUUGAGCUACUGACGUCAUCGAGUGUUCGAGCUGCCGUUAAAAUCUCCCAAAAACAUCGCAACAUAUUGUAAAGAAUUGUACUAUAAAGGAUAAUUAAUAAUUACUUGAUACUGGCAGAAGUAAAAACGUAAGAGUCCAUUAUCAAAGAAAGAAAGAAGACUUGACAUUGGCAGAAUUCGUUACUGCAAGAUUGCCUGUCAUAAAUU